AUGAAGCAGAAACGCCGCCCGACGUCAAAGCCGCUCUUCGCGCCGACGUCGAUGCGAUCGAUGCGCCGAGCGCGAGAGGUCACGAGCGCGUUCCACGAGGUGACGCGAACGCUGGACGAUCCGCGGUCGACGUCGGAGGAGAGAGCGGCGGCGCGAGAGCGAGCGAUGAGGGCGGGCGGGGUGGACGCGCUUCGGGACGAGUACCAGCGGGCGAGCGCUCUGACGACGACGAGACAUCGAACGGCAAAGUUUACUUUCAGCGUGCUCACGAAACUGGGACGACGUCCGAAACGAGGUGAGAGACCAUUGAAGACGCUGGAGGUGGGGGCGAUAAACACGGAUUUGAUGAGCGCCAAGUUUUUGGACGUUAGGGCGAUCGACGUGAAGAGUCGACAUCCAAAAAUUGAGCAGAUUGACUUUUUUAAGCUCCCGGUCGAGGAUGAGACGUACGACGUCGUGCACUCGAGCAUGGUACUUAACUGCGUUCCCACGGCGGAACUGCGAGGGGAGAUGUUGCACCGCACGUCGAGGCUUCUAAGAACCGGCGGGUCGUUCUUCUUGAUGCUCCCGGCGCGCUGCGUGAACGCGUCCGCGCGCAUGACAAGCGAUAAACUGAUUCGGCUCUGUCGCGCCUGCGGCCUACGCGUCGUCGAGAAAAAAUCCACGCCCAAGGUUAUGUUUUAUUGUUUCGAAAAGCUAGCUAAGAGGGACCGGAGUGAACUCUCUUCGAAAGAGUUGUCCGGCGCGGAGGCGCGCUCUGCAUUUCUGCGCCGAGAGCGUCUUCGGGACACCGACGCUCGCGCCGAUAACGACCACUUCGGCGUAGUUCUGGGCGAUGAGCAUGACUGUGGAUUUUAA